UGGGCUCUCCAAGUUCCUUGGGGCAGGUUGCUUGCGGCUCAAGGCUCCAAGUUCCUUUCACGCACCGGGCGCGCAUUGUAGGCGUCCCAGGCCGCAUGUUGAUCCGUUUCGAGCCGCUUCCGCUUUGAUCGAAGCGCGCCAUGAGCCUUUUCCGAGCGGCGCGGCCGCAGCUGGCGCGGCUGGCACGAAGACCCGCCCUGAGGCUCAGUCCAGCGCGCCUGGGGGUGGGCGCGGGGGCCCUGCUGCUCGCCUGCGCGGCGACGCCGGCGCCCGCCUUCUUCGGGCGGCUGAAGUGCGAGGAGAAGCCGCCGCCGGAGUCGAAGCUGUGCGAGUCGAAGCCGUCUGAAAGCCUCCUGCGGAGCACUGCCCGCAUCACCUCGGCCUUGCUGUGCUGGGGCUUCUUUGCCAGCAUUUGGUUCGUGUCCAUUACGCUGCCUGCGGGCCUUUUGUGGGCGGUGACCGCGGCCAAGUGGAAGUUGGUCUCCAGCAUCCUGGCGGCCUACGCCUUCCCGCACGUGGUGACGCUGCCGCCGCUGCCCUUGGCGGUGCGGCGCGCCUUCUUCUCGGGGCUGGAGAGUUGGUUCCCCGAGGGCAUCCAGGUGGUGAGGCCGAAUGGCGAUGAGCCAGAGCCAGAGCCACCUGCCAAGCGGCCUCAGCUCUUUUGCAUCCACCCCCACGGCAUCUACACGCUGGGCGCUCUGACCUUGCCUGAGAAGGUGCCGGAGGUGAAGGUGUGCAUCGCGGCGUAUCUCUACAACUGGGCCCCGGGCUUCCGCGUCAUGGCGCAGCUGCUGGGCAUCUCGCUGGGCUCCGUGGACCCCGGCGCGCUGAAGCGGCUCAUGCAGCGCCAGGAGAGCCCGCUGGCCCUGGUGCCAGGCGGCUUUGAGGAAGCCACGGUCUCUUGCAGGAACACCGAGCGGGUCUACUUGAAGUCCCGCGCCGGCUUCAUCAAGUAUGCCCUGCGGCAUGGCUACGACGUGGUGCCGUGCUUCACGGUGGGGGACUCCGACAUGUUUUCGAACCCCCAGGGCGCCUGGAGGUUCCGCUGGUGGCUGAACCAGCUCUCGAUCCCCGCGGUGCUGCCCUUCGGCUUCCCGCUGCUGCCGCUGCUGCCCAAGCGCGUGCCCGUGAAGCUGGCCAUCGGCGAGGCUCUGGAGAUGCCCCACAUCGCCAACCCCAGCCGCGCGGAGGUGGAGAAGCACCGCGCCAGGUACGUGGCGGCCUUGAACGCGACCUACCGCGAAGCCGUGAAGGGCACUCGAAGCGAAGGCCGGCCACUGGAGGUUUGGUAGAACCCGUCCGCCCGUCCGGGGGUUUGCUGGGGCUCGGAGCGUCUUUUUCUGUGAGAUGAGUCGCAGCAGGUAAGC